AUGGAGGAGAUUGCGCAAUACACAGUAGAAGAAGGUUUACAUCAAGCAUUGGUACUAGAAUUUUCUUAUGGACAACCUAACAUGAAUGAGUUACGCAAGUUACUCCCAAAAAUAUUGGGCGUGAAAGGGAAAUGCUUAGUAGGGUGGCUGGCUAGACGACAUGUCUUGAUCAGAUUUGACAAAUAUGAAGAGUUUGUUCUUGCCGCAACCAGGUUCGUCAAUUAUUUGCAUUGUAAUGGUGAAGAAUUUCUAUUUAGGGUGUUUCCAUGGUCUAUAGGAUUUAAUCCCAAAGAAGAAACAUCAAGGGCUUUUACAUGGAUAUCGUUGCCGAAUCUGCCUCCUGAAUUGUUUGCCGAAAAAUCAUUACUUUCUAUCGCUUCGGCAGUAGGUAAACCUAUUGCUAUUGAUAAGGCAACACAAGAAAAAUCGAGGCCUAGCACAGCAAGACUGAAGGUUGAACUCGACUUGCUUGACAAGCAUCCCAAUCACAUUAGAGUUCAAUAUAUAGAUGAGAAAUCUGGAAAGGUAAUGGAACAUGUUCAAGAGUUUGUGUUUGGUAAUCUGCCAUUAUUUUGCUGCUAUUGUAAACAUCAAGGUCAUGAAGAGAAUGGUUGUCGAUUGAUGUUGGGAAAAAAUGUAGAUAAAAAUCAGAAUGUUACCGGGAAUAACGUAAAAACUGUGGAGAAAUAUCAAGAAGAUGCAAGGGAGAUUAUAAAUGCUAAAUUGAGGAAUAAUAAUGCAAAUGGACUGAUUCUCGACAAUAACGGUGAAGAUGCUGUAAUUGGUGGAAAAACUAAUAAAGUGUAG